AUGGGGUUAUAUGAAAAUGAAAUGAAAUCAACACCAAGGCUUAGAAAUCCAUAUUAUAUUCCCGAGACCCCUGAUACGGAGGCCAUGGAAUCUUAUUUCAUAUUUGACAAUCCAUACAAGAGUAUCUCAAAACUUAGCAACACGUCUUCUAUUAAAAAAAAGAGAAGAAAAUUGCCGGAAAAACAUAUAUUUGCCACACUAAUUUCAUGUAUAAAAAAUCCGGGGCGCGAAAAUUCCAUGGAUUAUUCAAGAGGUGGUCUAAGUUCCGCAAAUACUCCCAAGCUUAGCGCAUUUAUCCAGCCUCCACUGAAUAGAUUUUUUAUACCUCGACCUUUCCCUGCUUAUAAAAAGCCAAUAGAUAGGGCUCCUGAUGAAAGGGUUGGUUGCAGACAUUCUGGCGUUGGCUCUUUUCUUAAACACAUUCAAGAUCUCUAUGCCUCCUCUGCAAAUUCUACUUCUGAUCACAAGGAUGAGGCCGAGAAAAGUUUGACGCGAAAACAACUACAAGAGGAAAAGCUAGCCGAGCAAGUUAAAGAAUAUUCAACUUGCAAGCCAUCCUUCAAGAGCGAUCCUUUCAAGACUAUCUUUGUUGGGAGACUCCCUUAUUCCGUCACAGAGCGCCAAUUGCGACGAGAAUUCGAGGUUUAUGGCGUUAUUAAGUCUGUUGUUGUUGUUGAAAAGCCAGGAACUGCGCCUACUCCGCGUGGUUAUGCGUUCAUCGAGUUUGAGCGAGAGAAGAGUGCUAAAAUUGCAUAUUUUGAGGCGGAUGGAAGGAAAAUUGAUGGCCAGCGUCGAUGCGUGGUGGAUGUAGAAAGGGGGCGGACAGUCCGUGGAUGGCUCCCUCGUAGGCUUGGUGGUGGUUUGGGUGGCAGUCGAAAGGGCCCAGCGGAAAUUUGCAACAAAGUGUCAGGAAGGGACCCUUCCUUGCGAGGAUCUGAUAGAAAAUCUUCGAGAUCUCCUCCCCCAAGAUCUCUUUCCCCUCGCCAGCCUUCUUAUCGUAGACCUGUAUAUGAGGGAAACGAGCGAAAACGUUCUAGAUCGCCAAAAACAUUUCAUUACUCUUACCCCGAAAAUCCACCUUUGCGUCAAUCCUCGUAUAGGGAUUAUGAUAAACCCUCUUACCCACGUAGAUAUGAGCCUUUGCCUCAUCCUGCCAGUCGGAGGGACUACUUUUGA